AUGCUCAGCCGCGGACCUCAUCCGGUUCGCAUAGUUGAAGUAGUUGAGGACGUUGAUCACUCGUUCGAGCUCAAUGUUGCAGCACUCGAAAGUAUUCUACUCGACCCAUUGGUGGCAGACAAAAAGGUGGCCGUUAUUGGUGUUGCUGGAGCAUAUAGAAUGGGAAAAUCAUUUUUGCUGAAUUUCUUCUUGCGGUACCUGCAGUGGCGUGCAGAUGGGUCUGAUGAUGAUGGUUUUAGUGGUAUGGAUUGGCUUGGUACCCAUCCAGAAUCACUAAAAGGUUUUUCUUGGCGUGGUGGUAGCAAGCGAGAUACAAAUGGAAUCCUCAUUUGGAGUCAGCCUUUCAUAAUGAAAGAUAAAAAUGGAGAAGAGAUUGCUGUCAUCCUUAUGGAUACACAAGGUACAUUUGACUCGCAGAGUACCGUCAAGGAUUGUGCUACCAUUUUUGCGCUUUCUACCAUGGUUUCUUCAAUACAGAUAUACAACUUGCUACAUAACAUUCAAGAAGAUCACUUGCAACACUUACAAAUGUUCACCGAGUAUGGACGAUUAGCCAUGGAGGAAAACGAUAAUAAACCCUUUCAGUCUUUGCAAUUCCUCGUUCGUGACUGGUCUUUCCCAUAUGAAGCGGAGUUCGGUUAUCAAGGAGGACAACGUAUUCUCGACGAUCGGUUGCAGGUCUCAGCGAAACAGCAUCCUGAGCUGCAGCAACUGCGAAAACAUAUUCGUAGUUGCUUUGAUAGCAUUACAUGUUUCCUAAUGCCAUAUCCUGGCAUUAAGGUAGCUACAAAUCCAGACUUCAACGGUUCUUUAGCAGAUAUCGAGCCCGAGUUCCAACAACAGUUACGCGUGAUGAUUCCACGCAUACUUGAUUCAUCCAACUUGGCAACUAAGGAUAUUAAUGGACAUAAAGUGACGUGUAGGGAGCUCGUUGAAUAUUUCAAGGCAUACAUGAAGAUAUUCCAAGGUCAAGAUCUACCCGAGCCAAAAUCCAUGCUGAUGGCAACUGCUGAGGCGAACAACCUGGCUGCUGUUGCCAGUGCUCGAGCUCUUUAUCAGAGAGAAAUGGAGGAGAUCUGUGGUGGUGACACCCCAUAUAUGAGCACCAAUGAACUACUUGAACAGCAUCAAAUGUGCAAAAAUGAUGCUAUUCGAGAAUUUCGUAAUGCCCGUAAGAUGGGUGGAGCGGAGUACAGUGUACAGUUUUUAGCGAAACUCGAGGAAGAAAUCGAGGAUAGCUAUGAGUCUUAUCUGAAGAUGAACAAUGGAAAGAACUUGUUCAAGUCUAUGCGCACACCAGCUGUUCUCGUCACGUUGAUGAUUAUCGAUUAUAUAUGUCAAGAGUUCUGUCAAAUGAUUGGACUCAAUAUGUUCGCAGGGAUCUUCUCCUCCAUAUUGGUGAUUGUUAUUGGCGCACUUACGGUUUGGGCAUAUGCAAGGUAUUCCGGUACGUUGCGCGAAGCAAGUGGUUGGGUUGAUGAUGCUGUCACCUUCUUGUGGACUAACUUCAUUUCGCCGAAUGCUGGUCAACUGGGUGCCCUGGGCGGUGCCAUUCAACUCAGCGAUAAACUUACCAAUUCAACUGCAUCAACAUCGAACUCAGUGAGAGAGCGGAAAAAGAAGUGA